CUGUUUGAGUGGUAUUUCAGUUGAUAAACAUUAAUGACGGAGAUACUAAGAGUACACGCAUUCCUCGAACAUUCCUUUCCGAAGGAUGAAGAAUUAUUUCCGAAAUCACUGAAAGAUGUUUUGAUCCAUCAGCAUGUUCAUAUACCGUAUCAUAGUAUUCCGGUGUAUAGAGAUGGUAUGACAGGAGAAUUGAUGAAUCCUGACAUUAAUUUCAAACGGUCAUGCAGCACUGUCACAUACCCUAGUGCACCGAAUGAAAACAAAGUUGAGUCGAGUUUAAUGAAAUCCAUUGAAGAAAUUAGCAGACAAUCCUUAUCCUCAGUUAAAAAAGGAUUUCCUUUUCAAAACUGCAUUUACAGUAGUUCAGAUGAUUCGUCAGCAAACUUAAUGUCUGUUCACAAUAUUCUAAGUCGGGCAAUGGAAAAAGCAACGGAUAGUGUUUUUCAUAAGUGGUGUUACCCUAAAGGUUAUUUUACUGACUGCACAGCCCAGCUGGAUGAAACUGGAAGUUUUUCUUUACCGAAAACGCAAAAAGUGACCCUCCUCAAACGACGCGUGCGAGCUUCUAGACCGAGACAAUCUUAUGCUGUGAAGGAGGAUACUGUAACCCGUCUUCCACCAUUGAAAACAAUAGUACCCAAUCCAGCAUUAGAUUGGGAAUUUGAACCGGACACGUUUCAAAAACGUGCAAUACUUUGCCUUGAAAAUAACCAAACAGUGUUUGUAGCAGCGCAUACAUCAUCUGGUAAAACUGCUAUUGCAGAAUAUGCAUGUGCUAUUUGUUUGCGUCGUGGGUCGAGAGUAAUCUACACUAGCCCAGUCAAAGCUUUAUCAAACCAAAAGUUUUACGAUUUCCGGAAAAAAUUUAAUGGAAAUGUUGGUUUAGUUACCGGUGAUAUAAAACUGGCCCCUGAGGCACCAUUACUGAUCAUGACUACUGAAGUGUUACACAACAUGUUGUGUUCAAGCUCUGAAAUGAUCAAGGAUCUCGAGAUAGUAGUUUUGGAUGAAGUUCACUAUAUUAAUGACCCCGAGAGAGGUUAUGUUUGGGAGCAAAUUAUGAUAAUGCUGCCCAAGCAUGUUCUACUUGUAAUGUUGAGCGCCUCAGUGCCUAAUCACCUAGAGCUUGCUGAAUGGUUAGGCCAAAUACGUGGUUGUGAGAUUCAUGUGAUUGCGACGGAAACUCGUCCAGUUCCAUUAGAACAUUUUCUAUACACUGGUAAAAGUGAAUCUGCAACAGGAGACCUUAUGCAUCGUAUUGUCAGUCAGACCAAUGACUUUGACACUGUCGGUUAUAGUCGAGCGGUUGCGUCGUAUUCUAAUCAAAAGAUGCUAAGUGUCCCUUUUCGAAAUUCUAAUAAAACGGAAUUUCUCAAUGAACUUAAUAAGAAUAUGUGGCUCGGCCUUAUCCGUGUGCUAAAAGAAAGCGAUUUGAUGCCAGUUAUAGCAUUCGGCUUUUCUCGAAAAGCCCUAGAGACAUUGGCAAAAAACGUUCUUACGGUGGAUCUUCUUGACUUCGACGAAAAAGAACGGGUUAACCAACUCUUAAAGACUCUAGUCAAUGAUCGUUUAAGAAAAUGUGAUCGUCGACUUGCUUCAGUUCAGUUUAUCCGAGAAUUGGCUUCAAAAGGAUUGGCGUUUCAUCAUGCUGGCCUUAUGCCUUUGUUGAAAGAGACUGUAGAAAUGCUUUUCCAACGGGGAUUAGUGAAAAUUCUCUUCGCAACAGAAACAUUUUCGAUGGGGGUAAAUAUGCCCGCAAGGAGUGUUGUGUUUACAUCACUAAGUAAAUUUGAUGGUCAAACAGUACGUCCCUUAACUUCAACUGAAUACACACAAAUGGCUGGUCGUGCAGGUCGUCGUGGUCUAGAUACUAAAGGCAAUGUGAUCAUUCUUGUUGGCAGUUUGCAAAAAGUAUUAAGAUCGAAUACAGGUCUACCAUCAGAGUAUACUUUAAUGAGUAUAAUACUGGGUAAACAGACCAAUCUGGUGUCGAAAUUCAAAAUCACGUAUCCUAUGAUUUUACAACUACAUCGGUUACCUGGAUUUACUCCAGAGGAGGUGAUGAGACGUAGUUUUAUGGAAGCGGCAAGCCAUCGAAAACAGAUGGAACAUCAACAGUCUUUAUCACUCCUGAACAAGAAAUUAAAUGAAACAACUGUAUUUUCUGUUAGCAGUGAAUCACAAGGUGAUGAUCUCAUUCUUCAGGUCAAAUGCCCUCAUGAUGGGAUUGCAUGUUGUAAAUCAGUAGUGGAUUAUCAUAAGAAAUGUUUGAAAUACUACGAGUUGUACAGAUGUAUACUAAACAAUCUACUGGAUGAUAAUCAAUUGAAAACAUUAAUUUGUCCUGGUCGUUUAAUAUUUAUUCAACUUCCUUUAUCGACAUUACAAUCACAAAGUGACACAUUCAUCUACUCAGAGGAGGAAGUUUAUUGGCUUGUGCCAGCUAUUCUUGUUGAUAGUAGCUUUUAUAUGAAGGAUAAAGGAAAGGUGUGUGAUUUGAUUACAUGGACACUUCCUGUGAAUUUACCGGAUGCUCCUCCGUCCUAUAUCAGUGAAGAUGAAACUCAACAAGUAGUAAUAUCGAAUAGCAAUGUAACAUCUUCAAAGGUGAAUCAACAAAGCACUCCUGAUAUCUAUGAAUCAAAAGAUCAGAUUGAAGAAAAUCUACUGCGCCGAGAAGAACCAAAUUACUGGUCUAAAACUCCUAUACCACCACAACUGUUACCACUAUUUAUACCUAGUUCAUUGGAAGACGCCUAUUCAUGUUUGACGCUGAAAUGUAAUGUGCCUGUUCACCUAGUAGUUCGGUUUUGUGAUCAGGUUGUUAAAUCAGACUUUGGGAGCAAUGAAAAUUCAAAAUUCACCUCAAACAUGGAUAUUUCACAUCGUUUUACAAAAGCUAUGGAACUGCAUAAGCAGAUAAUGAAUACUACACUUAAGACGGACAAAUCAGCCAUCAACAAUUCUGAUCCACGACUUGUUUUGUUGAAUCAAGUUAAUACGACUCUUUUUAAUUCUGUCAAUUCACCGAAUUUAAAGCUUUCGUCACCUAAGUCUACAAUUAGUGGGAUUUUAAGAAGUAUGCCCAAGCAUUUGGACUUUGACCAAGUUGUUAAUGAUUAUGGAAAUAAGGGAGAGAAUACUUCCAUACUUGAUGAAUAUGCAGCACUGAGUGAUGAGCUUACUACAUCUCUUUCAAAUUUAGUCUAUGCUCAAAAUCAAAGUCUAUAUGACUGCCCAAAUUUAUCAGCCCACUUAUAUCUAGCUCACCGAACAUUUCGUCGGAGACAGACAGUGGAGAAAAUUAAAAAGAGCUUGGCAGAUUUCAAACUCACGCUAGAUAGAGAAUAUACCGGUCGUUUAAAUAUUUUAAAGGAAUUGAAAUUCAUUAAUUCAACUGCAGACAGUUGCGUUCUUAGUCUGAAAGGUCUAGUUGCAUGUGAAUUAACAAAAAGGGAAGUUAUAAUAACGGAACUUUUAUUCGACGGAUUGUUCGAUGAUCUUUUAGCACCUCAAAUAGCAGCUGUCCUGUCCGCAUUUGUUAACGAAAUGAGACAGUCCACUUUAACAAGUCAACUGUCACAUGACUAUCUUCACAACUUGCUCAGAGAAAUCCAUAGCGAUAAUUGGGAUAGCAAAAGUGAUUUGAAUUACAUUCCGAAUCAUUUAAUUCCAGUAUUUAAAAAGAUUUUGAACUUUGUUUAUAAGUUGGAAAUUAUGCAACGCCAACACCAGCUGGCUGAAUCGUAUUCUGAUACACGAUUAGAUCUAUGCCCAGUGACGGCUGUCUAUAAAUGGGCUAACGGUCAUUCAUUAUACGCAGCGACAAGUAAAUGUGAUCUACCAGAAGGCCUAUUGAUUAAAAUAUUAUUACAGUUGGACGAAUUAAUUCGGCAUAUAUGUGGUGUUUGCCGUCAAAUUGGUAAUCAUGACUUAUGUUUGAAAAUGGAAGAAGCUAAGAGUUUGAUAUACCGGGACAUUGUGUGUGCACCGAGUCUAUACGUUACGGAGAAGUGAAGAAGAAGAAGAAUAAAGGAAAAACCAACAUUUGACUGACAUUUUCAGCAUAAAAUUGACGAUAUUUUUAAAAGCAGUAACUCCUAAAAGUGAACUUGAUCUGGACAUAUAUAAAGCACUAUUCAGUUAAUUUUUUUUACAGUAACUGGUGCUCAAUUCUUUUUCAUACUAAACGUAAGAAACACAGAUUUUGAAAUAGCUUUUAUAAAUCACUCAGAUAUUAAUAUUUAAUUAUUAUAUCAUGCUUUUUCUAAUAAAAUAAUUAUGUACUAAUUUCAUACAUAACACUUAUGCACAUACACGCCUUUUUUGAACUACUAUUUUGAAUAAUCCUCAUACAACAAAGAAAGUAGAACAAUCCCGAAAUUGACAGAAAUUCACAAACGGUGUUGUUAUAGUUUAGUUUAAAG